AUGGGUGUGGUUCUUACUCCAGAUGCACUUUCUCCCAGCAAGAUUCUGGCCAAUGUCAAUGAGAUCACCAAGAAUUCCUUGGAGAGCGGCCUACGGCAACUGAAAUGUCAUUUCACCUGGAAUUUAAUAGAGGGAGAAAAUUCCUUGGAUGAUUUUGAAAACAGAGUAUUUAAUCAGGUUGAGCUUCAGAACAGUGAAUUCAAAGCCACAACAUGCAACAUACUGGCCUAUAUAAAACAUCUCAGAGGCCAAAAUGAGGCCGCCCUGGAAUGCUUACAGCAAGCUGAAGAGUUGAUCCAGCGAGAGCACGCUGACCAAGCAGAAAUCAGAAGUCUGGUCACCUGGGGAAACUAUGCCUGGGUCUACUAUCACAUGGGCAGGCUCUCGGAAGCUCAGAUGUAUCUAGACAAAGUGAAACAAGUCUGUAAGAAGUUUUCCAGCCCCUAUAGAAUUGAGAGUCCCGAGAUAGACUGUGAGGAAGGGUGGACAUGGUUAAAGUGUGGAGGAAACUCUAAAGAAAGGGCUAAGGUGUGUUUUGAGAAGGCUCUGGAUAAAAAACCAAAGAACCCAGAGUUCACCUCUGGACUAGCAAUCGCGAGCUACUGUCUGGAUACGUGGCCACCUGAUCAGAACCCCAUUGGCCCUCUGAGAAAAGCCAUUGGGCUGAAUCCUGAGAACCAGUAUGUUAAAGUCCUCCUGGCUUUGAAACUUCAGGAGAUACAUGAAGAAAGUGAAGGGGAGAGUUUAGUUGAAGAAGCCUUGGAGAAAGCCGCAUAUGCAGAAGAUGUAGUUGGUGCUGCAAAAUUUUUUCAAAAAAAAGAGGCCCUGGACAAAGCUAUAGAAGUGCUUGGAAAGGCUUUAGAAUGCAUGCCAAACAAAGGCUACCUGCAUUACCACAUCGGGUGCUGCUAUAGAGCAAAGGUCCUUCAAAUACAGCGUGACGGGAAUGGGAGAAAAAAGAUGUUACAAGAAGUAAUAGAACAAGCUGUGGAUCAUUUAAAGAAAGCUGAUGAUCUCGGUGUGAAUCUCCCCAACGUCUGCUCCUAUCUUGCCUGCCUUUAUGCUCAAACAAAUCGGUACGAAGAAGCUGAUCAUUACUUCCAAAAAGAAUUCCGCAAAGAGCUUAAUCCUGUAGCAAAGCAGCUGCUCCAUCUGCGAUAUGGCAACUUUCAGCUGUAUCAAAUGCACUGUGAAGAAAAGGCCAUCGACCAGUUUAUAGAGGGUGUGAAAAUAAACCAGAGCUCAAAAGAGAAGGAAAAGAUGAAAAACAAACUGCAGAGGAUUGCUGAAAUGCGGCUUUCUCAAAAUGGAGCUGAUUCUGAAGCUUUGCGUCUCUUGGGGAUCCUUGCUGAGCUGAAGGAAGAAGUGCAGCAAAGAGAUGAAGACUGGGAGGAGGGUCUGGACUCUGCUAGCCUCCUCCCUUCAGCAUCUAUAGUCAAAGCAGGGGCUGAGGAAUAG